UCGGGCCAGGGAGUAGGAAGCGUGGGCAGCUCCGGGCUGCGUUAUGGCUGCUUCGGGUCCUGCGGGUUUCCCACGACCCGGGGGCGAGCCCAUCCUGAAAGAUGUUGUUGCAUAUGUUGAAGUAUGGUCAUCCAGUGGAGUAGAAAAUUAUUCAAAAACAUUUGUGAAUCAACUGCUGGGUAUGGGAGCAAAAGUUUCAAAAACUUUUAACAGAAAUGUAACUCAUGUUAUAUUUAAGGAAGGGUAUCAGAGCACUUGGGACAAAGCACAGAAAUAUGGUGUAAAGCUUGUUUCAGUCCUGUGGGUUGAAAGAUGCAGAUUAUCUGGUGUACGUGUUGAUGAGUCUUUAUUUCCAGCAAUCAACACUAAUGAAGGAUUACCAAGUCUGAUUAAAAAAAAACGCAAGUGCAUGCAACCGAAAGACUUUAUUUCCCGAACACCAGAAAAUGAUAGAAGACUUCAAAAGAAAAUUGAGAAAAUGGCUAGUGAGCUGAAUAUUCAAAAAACAGCCAUAGAUAAUGAUAUUCCAGUUCUAUUGUUUGAAGCUGAUGGUUCAUUGAUAUAUAGUCCCACGGCUAAAAUUAAGGAUCAGUGUAAUGCAAUGGAAAAGAGAUUACAGGAAAUGAAAUAUAAAAGGGAAAAUCUUUCCCCUACAUUUUCUCAAAUGCUUGCUCUUAAUUCGGACCCAUCUUCAUCUGGAACAUGUUUGAAUACAUCACUUAACACUUCACAAUCAGAUGAAUCCAUUUCUGAUGUUUUAAAUACAUCCUUUGAUGAUAUUUGGAGAAACUGUGAACGCAGGAAACGUAAGAUGAAGUCAGAUAAAUGCGUUCGUAAAGCUAAAACUAAUGCUUGUCUUUCUUCACCUGUAACAAAAACUGCAUCUAAUACUCUCUUUGGUACAGUAACACCUCAGAGAUCUAAGAGUACCCUUCCUACUGAAAAAAGGAAUUUCCAAAGCACUUUGAUGACUGAAAUGCUCACUCCUGAAAAAACACAAUUUGAAGGAAUAUCUAAGGAAAUAUUUAGUGACCAGGAUUAUCUAUCCCCUUCUUUAGCCGUAGGAAAAAACCACUCUGUAAGAAGUCCAGGUCCUACAAGUUCUUCAGAAAAACAAUUGAGAAGUUUAAUGCAUUUAAAUUUUCCUUCAAAACAAAAACCAAGGAAGAAGAAGUCAAAAAUGAGAUUUACCAGUCCGAAAUUGCAUCUAGGUAAGACUGAAAACUUUUUAGAGUUGAUGAUGAGUCCUGUAAAUAUAUCCCCAGCCUGCAAAGAAGCAGCAUAUGAUGAUUAUUUUUCACCCACUAAUCUGAAAGAAGGGAAUUCAAGGAAUUGUACUUUUGAAGUUAAGCAGAUAUUAGAAAGCCCUUCACAUUUAAACCACCAAAGAAGUGUUUACAGGAGUAAAAGUCAAAGCAUAUUAGAAAACAUUGACUAUUCCAGCUUUAGCAGAAAAAUGAAACUGAUUCUAACAAGUGAUAAUUUAGUGGAAGAAAAUAACUGCAGGCUCAAAAAACUUCACAAUUGUGAAAGAAAUGUAAACUUGAAUUGCAAUCCAUAUAGUGAAAUAUCUGAUGCAAAAGAAACCAUAGGAUGUUGUAGUGAAACUGAUUCUCAGGAAAGAGGAAGAAACAUAGCCAUAGGUGGAAAUAACUCUCUUCGUACUAUUGAUGAAUCGGUUCAUGAGAGUGCCUGUUUGGGAAGAGAACCUUGUGAUGCUUUAAUUGCUUUGGAAGGAAGUGCUAAAGAAGUCCUCAUCAAUAAGAAAGAAUUGACUAUUCCCAUGACCAUACAAAAGAGAGAAAACAUUAACUCUGAAAUGCUGAACUCUUGUGAAAAUGAAAAACAAGAAGAUCAUAACUUCAUUUUCAAAAGUGAUGCUGCUCAGGAGAAAUCAGUGAAAGAAAUGGAAAAUCCCUUCAGAUGUAUUCAAAAUGCUGCCAACCAGUGUGAUGUUUCCCAAAUUGGACAUCUUAAUAUCUACAAAAUUUAAGCUCAUGUAGUUCCAGAAAGUAAUAAUCAUCCUAACAGAUAAAUCCUUUCCUGGAGUUUCAUGUUGAGAAGAAAUCUGCUUUAAAUUAAAUUUGAUGUCACAAAAUUAGAAAUUACAUGGCUUUCAGUAGUAUGAUACUUUAAAUUGUCAAUUCUCAAGAAUCCUUGUGUAAGAAAGAUAGAUGAAUUAAUCAAAAUUGUAUAAGUACUGAUGUAUCAUCUCCUGUUUCUUCUAUCUAAAAUAAAUCCAGGAGAGACCCUGAGUGCCCAAUAGUACCCAGCUAUUUAAUCCCUGGCUAGAGAUGUUGAUUUUCUUGGCCUCAGUGUGCAGAUCUGGGAAUUCCACCAUCCCAGGAUUCUCUCAUUUGUUCUACCUUUGUUCAUCCAAAAAUAAAGUGAGAAAUAAAAGGUUUUUAAUACAAUUACAACAGUCUUUGAAAUUUAAAUCAAAAAGAAAAGAAAGUGCUAACAGUUAUGAAAACACUAGAUUUAUUGUUAGUUGUCAGUGUUUACCAAAGUGAUGUCAGUCAGCCACUAAUGUUCAAGCAGUGAUCUCUGGUGGUACAGAUUGUGCAGCUGUGAUAGCAGUCAGGUAAUUUACUGUAACAAAGCAAUCAUGUGCUACUUAGGAAAGGAAAUUAUCUUUACCUACUUUCCUGUACUGGAAGAGGGCUGUGAUCAUUAUGUGAAAUCAAACACUAUGUGAACAAAUAUGGUAUGUGAGUAAAAAAAAUGAUUGCUAUUAUAUGAAUUUUUACUUUGAUCGACCAUUUAAAUAAAUAGCAGAUUGUACCUAUCACUGUUUCUUUGAAAUAGGCUGUUUUUGCACAUUUAGAGCUUCUGUAGUUUACAAACUUUGUAUGAGAUUAUUAUUGAUUUUUUAAAAAGAUAAUUGUGUGGUUUGGGCUAACUGUCCUGGCUAGCUUUUAAAUUUCAUUAACAAUUAAAUGUUAAUAAAUGCUUGUUAGGGAGCAUAUUAGCAGAAGUGUACAAUCAAAAGUAAAUACUGAGGUUAAUAUAAUUAGCUAUUUGACUUAUUUACUGCAAUUAAUACAUUUUUUCCCCUGGCAUGUAGAACCGUGUUUCCUCUGGUUAACCUUGCAAGUUAAAGUCUUAGUUUGUCUGAAGAGUGUUUCUAAAUUAUGUAAUAAGCAGAUUAGGUGGUAUAACAUACCUGCAAACCAAUACUUGGUUUUUCUAUUUCUCCUGUGAUAGUUUGAUGGAUUGAUCUGCUGUUCCCUCUUUGUAUUGUGGCCAAUGCUAUGAAAUCUCAAUAUUGGUUUUUCGUCUUUUUCUUUUUAGCACUGUUCUUUUCAAGUGUCUGCUUUUCUUCCCAAUUCAGUCUCUAUGUUUCUCUAUACAGUAUUCAUAAAUGUCUAGAAUCCUUGGCCCCUAUUAUCCUAAUGCUCGUAGCCUUGUGCCUCAAUUUUCUCCCCAGUUAGUUCACCCUCCUCUCAGCUACCAAAAUGAUCUUUGAUAAGGCACAGUUCUGACAAUGUUGUAUGCUCCAAACUGCCCCUCCCCUAGUAAAUUCUGAGGGCUCCUAAAAUUUAUAAAAUCUUAUUUUUGGCUUUUAAAGACUGUCAUAACCUAAACUCUACUUACAUUUCCAUUCUUCUUAUUCUUUACUCCUCUUCAUGUAGGAAAGGCUCUUUGCUGACUUGGGGCCUCCCCUGGCUCUCCCCAUGCCUAGAAUUGUCUCCCUCCUCACCACUACCUACUGGCUUCCCUGGUUUCAUUCAGAUCUCAACCAAAAUCCCACCUUCUCUAAGAAGUCUUUCUUGGGCCCCUUAAUGCAAGCACUUUCCCUCUGAGAUUGUCUCCAAUUUACCGUAUUUAUACAUACACACACAUACAUACAUAUGUAUGUAUGUAUAUGUAUAUCUUGUAUGUAUGUAGUUGUUUGCAUGUUGUCUCUCCCAUCAGGACUUAGCUUCUUAAGAAUGGGAUGUUUUUGCCUCUUUUUGCAUCCCCAGCACUUAGUAACUGACACAUAAUGAGCACUUCAUAAAUACUUUUUUGUCUGAAAUGUGUGUAUACACACACACAAACACACACACACUUAUAAAUACAUAUAUACCUUGACAUAGGUAUAUACACUACAAAUGUAUGUAACUAGAGAAUGAGAACCAAGUAAUAGAGGGGUCUACACAAAGGAAAGCUUUUAAAUGUCAUUUUCUUGGCUGCUGUUAUUGUAGGGCUUUAUUUGAUUUAUGUUUGUAAGCUGUGAAUGAAUUCCUGGUACAUGUGUGCUUAAAAGUUUUGAGGAGAGAGUUAUUUCAUAGAUUUUUUUCCUCCUGCAAUUGUUAUUGAAGCAGAAGUAAAUGGAUUUUGAGGGGUACAAUUUUGUUGUUGCCAAUUAUUAUAAGGAAUAUAGAAGUGGUAAAACUUAACAAAAUCUUAAUUAUGUGAAAGCUAUGUGUCAACAGCCUAUGGAAGAAUUUUGUAAU